AUGACAUUUGAUGUUUUUAAUCUCUUUUCUCAAAUGAAAUACAUGUAUUUUAUCAUAUUGCCCUUCUGCCUGAUCGAUUCUGAUCGAUCUCCUCUGCGUCUGACGUUUCCUAUCCCUCGCCAUUCCUGGCGCCCGACGCCGCCGUUACUCGCGCGCCUGAAGCGUAGAUUCUACCGACGUAAAUACGACCAGUCGCCCGGCGGCAUGAAGAGCCUGGGCACCUCCCUGGCGCACCUCGCGAUCGCGGCCGGGAGCUACCUGAACUCGGCCGUGCUGGGCGCCAUCGCGUGGGCGACGGCGCGCGGCGGGGCAGCCGGGUGGAUCCCCGACGACCUGAACGAGGGGCAUCUGGACUACUUCUGGUUGAUGGCGGCCCUCGGCGUGGUGAACCUGCUGCACUUCGUGUACUGCUCCAGGAGAUACAGGGGCAACAAGACAACGUAUUGA